GCCAAGGGUAUCACGCAGACACCGGACUAGUGAACCGCCAUGCCUCCUCGCUUCCUGACCCAGCCUUCUUUGAAGGCCUUUACUGGUUCUUCAUACAUCCAGAGUCCGCUCGCCGCCUUGUCCUUAAACCCUUCGAAGACAUCGAUCCGAGCAGGCUCCGCAGAGACCAGAGAAAGACGACGACAUGACCCAUUCCUGACGGCACAAUCGCGCCGGCGCAAAGCUGCCAACCUGUCCCGUCAAGAAGUUCUUACCAAAGAACGCGAAGGCUCGUUGGGGGACCCGGUGGAAAGUCGCUCAACUACCUUCAUCCAGGGUCUUAAGGAUACCCAAUCCGGGCCCCAAACCCCGUCGGGAUCGGACGGCAAGCUCAACUACUUCCUGGACUCCGAGGGUCUCCAGAAUAUGCUGGAGUAUUCGAAAAACCUCACCUCCCCGAUCGAAAACCUCGACCGAAACACCGCCGACCCUCAACUUGACAAGGAGCUGGCCGAAAAGCACCUUCAGGACCACAAGAAUGCCGAGGAUGCUAUCAACCGCAUCGCGAGCGUGCGCAACGGCAACACCCAGGACAGGAUGCGCCUCAACAUCCAGAAAUGCAUCGAAGAGUUCGGGCGCCACAACACCGACCAAAAGCUGCCUCCGAAGCCGACAGCUCCGUCGCAGCAGUCCGGCACCGCCGCCCUCGAGAAGACCCCUCGCGUUGGACCUGAUACCGGAUCUCCGGAAGUCCAGGUUGCCGUUUUGACCGCGAAGAUCUUGAACCUUACUAGACAUCUGAAGACAUCCAACAAGGACAAGCACAACAAGCGCAACCUCCGACUACUGGUUCACAAGCGACAGAAGCUACUCCAAUACGUGCGAAGAAAGGAGCGGGGUGGCCCGAGAUGGCAGCACCUGAUCGAGAGCCUGGGACUUUCCGACGCUGCUUGGAAGGGCGAGAUUAGUAUGUAAUGGAUCGGAAGCGUUUUGUAUCACCCCCCUUUUUUUUGUUAUUUCUUUCCAUCUGAACAUCUACAUGUAACCUUAUGGUAUUUGAUUCUCCUAGCGUGUGUGUGCUACAGAGCGGACGGCCUACCGCGUCUCUCCUUUUCAUGCCUGUGGAAAGAUUUACCUUGUAUAAAUAUAGCUUGCUCUACAGCAUUCAAAUCAAAUGGAUUUCCUCG